ACUAGUAGUACUUGCAUCACCUUCUUCUUCCUGUCCUCGUUCUCUUCGUCUUCCUCUUCCUUCACCACCACCACCUCCUCCUCCUCCUCCACCACCACCAUCGCCGCCAUGGUGCAAACAAGGCAUCAAGGAGCCCGCCCAGCGGGCGUGUCGUACGCCGACACCCAAAAGCGUGAGCGAAGACCCGCGGCUGCUCCCCGCCGGCGUGCAGCCCCAGCACGUCGUGCCCGUGCCGCUGUCCCUCCCCCUGCCCCUGCCCCCGCGCCAGCAGCUCCCGCUGUUGAGCGGAAUCCCGCGUACAGGGAUUCGUCUAUGCAGACGGACCCUGUUGAGAUUGUUGAAGCCUCUACGAAGACGGUAGAGCUAACGGCCACCACAGAGACAGGGAGCGGCAAGCGCCGCAGAGAGGAAGACGAGUCCUCCGGGACUUCGUCGAAGCGGCAGCGAGGGGCCGAGACCCCAAAGUUCCUUUUUUCGGCCCGCCGAAACCGAAGCCUCCUGGCCUCGGCGCCGGCCAAGGCCACCACCCAGCACGAGUCGCCCUUCUUUGCCCGGGUCGUCGAACCGACGGCUAGACAAUCAACUCCGACCCGUGCGUCAAAGCCAAGAGAGGGCGCCAAAGAGCCGGAGACGCCAACUCCGACCCCUCAAGGCGGACAAGAGCAACGCGGACUUUUCGGCAGUGUGAAGAAACUUUUUGGAUUCUUCAGAGGUUUCGAUGAUACCACUGCGCACAAUGAGCAGGAACAAGGCAGUGCCAGUGAAGAGCAGAACCGCGAAACCACGCCAGAGGCCAUCCAAGCCAACAGUCCUACCACUCCAUCACCUCUCGAACCUGACAGCCCAACUCCGCAACCACAAACCAACGACAGCCGCAUCGACACACGCGAUCAGUUCAAGCGCAGACGAUAUUCCAAAACCUCUGCAGGCCGUGACGACAUGACUCCGGCACGCGACGAUACGGAUCGAGCGGACACUGAUUUUAAUCCUGUCGAGGCUUCUGGUACAAACAAGCGCAAGUUAGCAUCAAUGGACGGCGAGAUUCCCGGGCCUGCCACAGGCGGUUACGGCAUCGACGACAGCUACUUGGAUGCGGAAAAUGAAGUUGACGGCAUCGAAGACUCUCAGGCUGCGGUCACACAGCCCUCUACUCCCAAAACCAAAACAAUCUCCCAAACUCCUCUCAGAUCCGCUAUGCGACAGAACGGUAACCUCUUUGGUACCAUUGGCCGAUCUGCAAAGUCAGUUCGCAUCAAUCCCGAGACUGCAGUCAAACACGUCUAUGGACAGUACGGUCAUUCUGGAGAGUACCACGGUAGCAUGUUUUCCGAUCCAUCCGACGCUUCGGACUCUUCCAUCUCGGCUGCUGAUGUUAGGAACAUGCAUUCCCCUACUACCCUUCGCAACACUCUAAGAAAUGAGAGUCCUAAAUUCCGACUGAAUGAAGACGUUGUCGAUCCAAAUGAUGAAUUUUGGCGACCGUCGCUUGCCAACCCUUCGCCCGGUCAUUUCAGAGUCCCGGAUCUGGACGAGUACGAUGAAGAAGAGGGAGACGGAGCAGAAGAUACCGCUGUGCCUGAGCAAGCUGGUGAACAAGAUCAAGUACCUCCACAACCUAGCACUCCUCGAAUGUCUCAUGCCGAGCUCCCCAGCCAAAUCUCAAACUUUACCGGCCACACCGAGAGUAUUUUGAUGAAUGAGUCGGCUGAAAUCAGACUGAACAAAGCCAGAUCUGAUGCGCAGAAGUACAAGCCCGCACGAUCCUCGCUAUUGUCUCUCAGCGAACACGCACGAUCACGAUCGUCUUCUCCACCCGAGUCAGAAGGGGACUUUACCCAGUCACAGAUUGAGGUAUCAACACCAACCGCAAACGAUCUCAGAGAAGCCGAUGAAGCCGAAACUGCUGCUCAAGACACUCCAUCACAACCUCUUGGCCGUGAAGAACUCGACAAUACUAAAGUCGGAGAUGAUGGCAUGACCGAUUAUCAACGCGAACAUCAGUAUGACGAGUGGGCAGCUAACCUUGAUUGGCCGGAACCACAAACAUACGAAGACGCCGGAAUUGCCUCUGAUUACAUUGCCGAGCUUGUCCGAAAGAAUUGGACUGAACGAGACACUCGAGAGUCGGUUGAAUUCUGGGAUCGAGAGUUCGAAGAAGGGCUAAAGGCGGCCAGAGAAGCCGCAGCUCAAGGGAAACAUCUGUUCUGGGUUGAGCCAGGUGAGAUGUUCGAAGAUUGA